GGCCCAUGGCAAACGCAAGAUGUUGAGAAUUGGCCAUUUGGGUCAUGACAUGACCUGAAAAACAAGGUCAUAUCUCCGAAACCAAAAAUCACAGGAACUUGAAAUUUUCAGUGGACAUCAAGAAAGGAUAGAGGAGCAGCUAUACGAAAAAUCAGCCUUCUAGCUCUAAAAAUGUUGAGUGCAGAGCAGAAAGACUACCUGGGGGGGGUGGCAACCACCCCCCCCAUGUGCGGGCGAGGGUUAAUGUGGAAAGGCGUCACCGACGGUGUCAACAAAAUACUUGACUGGCUGGAGGAUAAAUUGAACGCCGGGAAAAUUCCGUGUUUUUUCGAUCAUAACAUCGAUGUGGCAGCUGAGCUCAGCACCGUAGAGCGGCGGGCUAUCAUUGACAUCAUAUAGCUGAUGAGGGAGAAUGUCGCGCGUCUCCUGAUGACAAGCUGUGUAAAUCAGUCGAAGGUGGAUCUGCUGCUGGAGGGUGGGCUGGAGCAACUCACAGAGCGCCAGCUGGAGUCAGAGCUGCGGCUCCGUCUCGGAAGGACGCUCGUACGACAAGGCUGUACUUGACGGUGUCGGUUACCGCCACACAGCCCCGUGCUGGGAGUGCUGGCGGAAGGAGAACAUCCCUCCACUGGUCCACACGGCACCACUUCUACUACAGUGGUGGCAUUACGCCAUAUCAGGAACAUACCGGCAGCAAUGUUACCUGUUCAUGGCGUGGGUGGUGGUCGACUUGGCAGACCUGCUAGACGGGACGCCAAUGACGUCACAGGUCAAUGACAUCGUCACGCUGGACGUGGCCCCCCUGAUACAACUCCUCACAAGGUCCGACUUGGAGCUUCUGCUUGGUUACCCGGACAAGGUGGCCACCUGGUGUAGUAAGCAGCUGCGGCGGCCGCUGGAGGAACGGCCGGCCGGACUGACCGCCGGGCUGGACACGCCUCGGGGCCGUGCCGAGCUGCUGCUGCGGCCUGAGCUGCUGCUGCAGGCUGUCCGAGUGAACGUACCGGGUAAAAUGAACUGGUGGCGGGAUAUAGAUUGGAAAACGAAGAACAGAUGGAUUGAACACUUCCGACCAACAUACGAGUAUACCUACCAGAAGAUCCGGGAGAUGUUGGAGCAGCACAUCAACAAUAACCUGCAUAAGUUUCUCCACGUCAAACUACCAGAGAUGGACGCCUCAACUGUGGACGCCACGGCCGGCCUCUGGCGCCGCCGGCUGCAGCAGCUGCUGUCCGGUGACCGGCUGCGGACGAUGUACAACGCUAUCACCGGCUGGUGGCCGGACCGGUGGGAGAUGACGUCGCACUACCUGGCGGUGCACGAGGCCGACUCAGAGGAGUCGGAGCAGGAUGACGACGACGGUCAGGCCGGUGGCGAGGAGCGGCGCAGCGCAGACGAGGACCAGACAUCAGGGGGUCUGCCCAGCCCUCAGCGAGAGAAAUGGCAGCAGCUGGAGCGACAGCACCAGCAGCUGUGGCAGCAGCUGGAGCGGCGGGGUCACGGGGAAAGGAGGAGUCUCAACCAGCAGCAUGAUGAGGAGCGUCGGCGUCUGGAGCGGAUUCAUGACAGAAAGUGGCAGAGCAUGGAAAUGCGGCACCAUGACGAGCGGAAAAGGCUCCAUCAGCGGCACGAGAGUGUUAACAGGUGCGUGGAGCUGCAGUAUCAGGGACAGGCGCAGCAAGAGAGACGUCAGAGGCAGUUGGAGCUGCUGGACCGGAGAAACCGAAGGCAGUGCGCGGUACUGGAGCGACAGCACCAAAUAGAGUGGGGAGACCUGGAGCAGAAGGUCCAAACGCAGUGGAACAAACUGAAACAGAAACACCUCAGGGAGUCACAAGAGCUGGAGGAGAGAUACCCGAACAUGCAGUCCGGGGAGGAGCUGGAUCAGCUCAUGGAGGAGUGCAGCAGGAGGCGUCGGCAGCUGCGGAAGAAGCUGGAGAAAGAGCUGGAGAAGAAGCUGGAGAAGGAGCUGGAGAAGAAGAAGGAACUGGAGAAGGAGCUGGAGGAAGAGAAGGAGAAGGAAAGCAGGAAGGUGCAGGAGAAGAUCUUCAAAGUGAAGAAGGGGGAGGAAAAGCCAGUUGAGCGUGACCAGCAAAAGCGACAACAACAACGACAACAAGAACAACAAGAACAAGAUCAACAACAACAACAACAACAACAACGACGACGACGUCAACAACAACAACAUGAACCAGAACCACAACAGCAGGAGCGGCAGCCGAGCCGGCGCUGUCAACACCUGCGGAACCUGGUAGAGGUGACGCGAAGACACCGCCAGCAGCUCAUCCAGCUGCAGGAGCGGCACAACCAGGAGCUGGAGGAGCAGAGGAGACGUCACCGGCAGGAGAGGGAGGAUCUGGAGCGGCGCCUCAGCCGCCGGCGGCACGGCCAGGAGCGGCGCCACCCACAGUGACCGGCGAUAUCAGCGGAGUCACGGUGACAAACUCAGGGAGGCGCCACUACGGAGAACAAGUCGAGAGCGAGAUAUUUGUAGCAUCAGAAAUGGUGGGAAUAUGUCGCUAGUGUAGAUGCUGGGAUUGAUAAAACGAGACCAGUUGCAUUUUUAUUAAUGCUUAUAACGUUAGUGCUCAUGUGAUGGCGAUGUUAGCAAUGCAUAUAGCGUUUGUAUCGUCAUAGUUGAUAUAAGGUAUGUGUUGUCUUUACGACUGCAAAAUGUAGUUAUUAUCCCUCGCCGGCACAGGGGGAGGGGGAGGUUGAUGCAACCCCCCCCUAAGGUUUUUCGCGAAUAACUCGCGUAAAAAGCGGCCGAUCGCGACGAAACUUUCAGUACUCUCGCAUUGAUCAAUUUUACACCAACCCUAAAAACUUCAUGACCCUGGCCCCAAUGACCUUUGACCUGUGACCUCUUUUCUGUGACCAUGUUUGGCCGAAAUCGCGGUUCGGCGCAUGUCGGCUCGCAUUAGCCGCGCGUUUGCAAGCUUUUCGUGGUUUCAAACGUUCAAACAUGUGAUUUGAUGUUGCUCCCAUGCAUUAGGGUGGGUGUCAAGGUCACCUGAAGGUCAGGUCAGGUCAUUGACCUUUGGUGACCUCGGGUGACCUCGGUUCACUUUUUCGAGUUUUACAUGUUUCUAGGCUAGUUUUUGGAGCUGAAUUCGAAUUUAGCAACCAUUUGAACAUUUACGAAGUAGUUUUGGUGCCUUCGUAACAUGUUACGAAGCUGUCUGAGGCGAUUGACACGUAUUACGAAUACCCGUCACAACCCCUACCGGUUGACCUGACCCGACCUGACCCGACCUGGUCUAAAUGCUUACAGACAUCAUCUCUGAUCAAAACUAACACGAUAUUCGUGAUCAGCUCCCCGGAAAACCACAUAGCAGCCACACUUUACGACUUUCUAACAGGUCCCGUUUUUCCCUGUUUUCGGGUCAUUGACCUGACCUGGAAGGUCACCCGAUGACCUAGGACCUUAAAAUUGGGUAUCAUCGGGUUCCUCUCGUGACGGGCAACACGCUCGUUUUUUCCGCGAAGCUCUAGCUCGAUCAGGGGCCAAACGCGAGAAGGGGUCGUACCAACCCCCCCCCCCCUUGUGCCGUCGAAGGACUCAAAAUGGCCUGUGCCGGCGAGGUUAUGACUAAUGCUAUAGAUGGUGACAUUGAUGUUGGCUCUCCGAACACCUUAUGUUGGUUAUGGGCUGUUUUUCAUGACACAUGUAUUGUGCAGUGUUGUGAAGCUCUGUAAAUACUAUACAAACAGCCGUCCCCA